AUGCUCGGUAUCGGCGAACGAAACCGACCUGUACCGGGUACUCUGCACGCGCAGCACCCGUUCAUGGCAGGUGUCGCUCGCCAGGGGAGCAGUCUCCUUGUCUCGUGUUUGCGAGACCAUUGUGCUGGCCGCCGCCUCCGAGCAUACAGCAUGUUAUCAAGAUCAUCCAUCUUGCAAAGAGCGGCCUCGGUGCUAUUGUUCAGCGAAGCUACUGUAUGCGCCUCGUCCGCAGCAAGAGGGGGUUCCCAAGUGGAAACGCAAACUGUGCAAGGGUCGCCAGGCUGCACGUUCGUUGCCAUGUGGGAAGUCUUCAGGAGGUGUACCGUUGGAGUAGACUGA